CUGACAUUGACAGAUCUUUAUUGACAAUUUGCAGGACAGAAAAGCAUUAAAGUUUUACAUAAUUCCUAACAAAUAACGCAGAUUUCAUCCUUCUGUGAGUACUAAUCAAAAGUAAAACAAUGCUCCGUCUCUGCCUGCAAACCACUUGUUUCCAAUCCAAAUCAUUAUUUCAACAUAACCUUCAUAAACAGAUAAGUUCGAAAUUAAAAUGCAUCGGUGUUUGUCACAACAACGUAUUUCGCCAAUUAUCUACUGAUUCUAAAGAAGAAGAAGAGCUGGAGCAUAUUUACUCUGGUCCUCUCACGCCGCAGAUUAAGGCUGUGAAGAUUUUUUCACUUACAUCUAGUGUAGCAGGGCUAAUGGCACAACCUAUCAUAGUGAAGCAAGCAGCGACCAUAGGCAGCACAUCUCUUCUCGUGGUCAUUUGUUCGAUGGUCGGAUUUUUUACAUUCAUCACUCCCCUACUGCUGCACUUUGUUACCAAGAAGUAUGUCACAGAUAUGCACUAUGAUCCUUCCACUGGAAUUUACAAGGCCACAACGAUAAACUUCUUCCUGGUAGAAAAAGAGCUGGAAUUUAAAAGUGAGGAUGUGACUGUCCCUGAUAUUUCUGGAAUGUUCACCACCAUGCAUGCCAAGGGCAAGCCCCUGUUCGUUGAAGCAAGGCACUUCAGCAACCCUCUCCAUUAUGCCAAAAUUAUGGGCUACGACAAACCAAUGGACUUCAAAUUAGGGGAAGUUGAGGAGGAAGAAAGAAAAUAGUUGGUAAAUCUUGUUAUGUUGUAAAUUGUAAAGUGUUGUUAAUAUCCAUCUCUCUGUAGUCUGUAAGUAGGUUCUCAUUUUUGUGCUACAAAUCCUGAGUUGGGCAAAAUUAAAUUAAAGAUGAAAAUUGUGAUUAUUUUAGUUCCUCAUGUUCACAAAAGGUGAUAAGAAUAAAAAAAAAGAUGCCCAAAUGCUUACCAUAAACAGAUAGUAUUGUGAGAGAUGUAAAUUUUGGAUUAACUUGUGGUCAUAUUAUGUUUGUUAUUCACUUCAGUGUGUAUACCAGAUUAAUACUAAGAAUAAAAGCAAUGGAAACAUGUUAAAA